AUGAAUCGACUACAUCUGGCUGUCUCCAAAUCCAAACUGGUUCAUACUGGAGGCACACAUUAUACCAUCAGAGUAAACAAAGGCAAAGCAAUGAAAGCUAUUCCAAGAGAAUCUGGACAAGGAAAUAGAACUGCAAGAAGAUUUACACAACACUCUGGAACAUCACCUGGAAUAGUAUUUGUACAACAGCAAAAAGAUACAUCAAGAAAGCCAACCCAAAAAAGACCCCAUACACAAGCAAACAAAAAAACCACUUCCAACCACACAAUCCCAACCGAAACAUUGGCUCAGUUUAUAACCUUGGAAAACUUGUACACCUAG